AUGACUAAAGCAACCGAUUCUGCCACUGCUCAGGAAUCGUCCACUUUUAUCCCCCCCAGCGUGAUCCCCGAACGGUUGUUCUCCGGCGAUUCCUACGCGUACUACACGCCAUGCCCGAGCGGAAUUACGCCCCAAAAUGCCUCCUCUACAGCCAACGACACAAUUCCAAGUACACCCUGCGUCCUAGGAGUUGAUGAGGCCGGCCGUGGCCCGGUUCUAGGGCCAAUGGUCUAUGGCGCCUUCUACCUUCCUCUCGAACUCCAUCAUUCGCUUUUGACUGAAGAGCAUAGCUUUGACGACAGCAAAGUGCUGACACCUGCUGUGCGUGCCAACUUGAUGCAACUCUUAAACACACCAGGGGACUCACUCUUUGAGUCCUGUGGGUAUGCAAUCAAGGUACUUUCCGCACGCGACAUCUCUUCCGGCAUGAUGAGACCACCCACAGCAGCGUACAACCUGAACGCCCAGGCGAUGGAUGCGACGGUGGAAAUCAUUCGGGGGGUUGUUCAAGAUCGUGGGGUAGAUGUGCAAGAGGUUUACAUUGACACCAUUGGCAACCCUGCCACUUACCAGCAAAAAUUGGAGCGAAUAUUCCCAUCCCUGAAGAUCACUGUCGCAAAGAAGGCAGACUCUUUGUAUCCUUGCGUCAGUGCUGCUAGUGUGGCAGCCAAGGUGACGCGUGAUGUCGCGCUGGAGAUCAUGUACGACGAUAUCCUCAAAGCUCAGCAAUUGUCUGGCCCAGCCCCCGAGACUUGGGGUAGUGGGUAUCCCUCGGAUUCAAAGUGUGUCGGCUGGCUUCGACGCAACAUGGAUCCUGUAUUUGGAUGGGGCAAUGAAUGCCGAUUUAGCUGGGGCACGGCGAAGGAAAUGCUUGAGCUGAAAGGCGGUGCAAGAGUUGACUGGCCUGUCGACGAGGAGGAUGGCGCUUCAAGGCUCAGUGAGUUUUUAGUAUCAUCCGGUCCGGGGAAAAGUACAACUCGAGAUGGUUUACGCGAUUGGUAUGGACAAAGGCCAACAGAGAUACUAUGA